AGCAAGACACGCGUCAGAAGGCCGCGCAGGAUCCCCGGGCUCGCGUAGGAAGGACGGAGGAGGGACGCAGCAGCAGGACAGGCGGUCCGGCCGGCAGCACCUCUCCCUACCCCUCUACCCCGUCCCCCCCACCCCUGCAGCUGUCGCCAUGGCGAUGAGGGACCUGGUGGAGACGGAGUGCGGGGGCUCGAACCCCCUUGUUAAACUCACUAGCCACUUCACCCAGGACAAGGCGCUGAGGCAAGAGGGGAUCGGCGAGGCAGGCUGGUCCAAGCCCCUCGGCAGGACAGAAAUCCCCCAGUCGGUGGAGCAUGCGACGGAAGAAGAGCUGGUCUCGGAGUUCCUCGGCGAGCGCCACGGCCCCCUGCUGUCCCGGGCCGCCCACACCUUCCAGAUGGACGAUCUGCUGGCCGAGAUGCAGGAGAUCGACAACUCGCGCCUGCUACGUGCCCCUCUGCGAG